AGGUGGAAGAGGGAGAGAGCACGAGGGAGCAGCGAGAGAGAGAGAGAGCGAGAGAGAGAUCUAGAGGAAGAGAGGGGGGCUUCCAGACUGGAUGGGCCCAGCGGUGCCUUGAUGGAGUAUGGGCCAGGUUCUUGGAUUCUCCCACUGCAAGGAAUAUGGUUCUGUCUCCUCCACACCUGAUUCAACACCUCCCUGCACUGAAGGUGGGAAUGAGGAGUCUGAGCUGUGCGACCUGCAGACGGCCAGGGAGUGGUCUGACGAAGAAGCCGGGGGUCCGGAGGAUGAUGAUGAUGGUGGAGCUUCAUCCCCCUCCAUUUGGGGGACCCCGAGACAGAACUUCUUCGAGCCCACCUUCUCCUACAUCGCCAUCGCCGAGGCAGAGGCGGGCGGAGCCUCACGACAUCAUCGUGACUUAUCGUCAGGGAGCCGGCGGAGGAGCGGGGCCAGGGGAGGCCGCACUUUCCUGAGUCGCACGGACACCGUGGAGACGCUCCUCCCACUGGACUCCCCCGACGUGGAGUGGGACCCCCACGCCUUCCUCGCCCGAGAGGAGGAGGAGAGGGAGUGGGAGGAAAGGGAAAGGGAGGUCCACAGACAGAUUGAGACAGUCCAGGCAUCUCUCCUAGAUGCUGAGAUUGAACCUCAGGAGAGGGACACAGAGACCCAGAGAGGGGAGACAGAGCCCCUGGAGCCCCAGCACUACAGUCCCUCAGAUAGCCACCAGGCAGCAUCAUCACUCCCUGAGCCUGAGUCCCUCGUAACCAUGGAAACCACAGUCACACUGCUCACGGCUGUGCAACCAAGAGGCGGCCUCACCGAUGACGUAUCAUCCACUUCCUCCACCUCCAUUGGUCGAAACACUCAGGAAGAGCUGGUCAGCGAACAGUGGUUUUCAGAGCUCAACCUAUCAGGCCCUACAAUAUGCACCCACAUAGCAGUGAUGGAUCUGAUCUACUGGAAGGACACAGAGUGUACAGGCAUGGUAUUCACAGGGCUGGUGGUGGGCCUCCUGUCCUUGUUCCAGCUCAGCAUCAUCACAGUCAUCUCCACCAUCUCCCUGGGCAUCAUGUGCUUCACCGUCUCAGUCCGCCUCUACUAUAACAUCCUGCACGUGCUCAGCAUGGGAGACGGAGUGCACCCCUUCAAGGCGUAUCUGGAUCUGGACAUCAGUUUCAGUGGGGAGCUGGCUGACCAAUACAUGCAGAAGGCCAUCGUUACAGUCGUCUCUGCUGCUAACUCACUCAAGAAUCUCUUCCUGGUUGGAAGCCUCUUCGACUCUCUCAAGCUCCUGGCUCUGAUGUACCUGGUGACCUUCCUGGGAGACCUGUGUAACGGCCUUACAGUGCUCAUCAUUGGUGUGAUCGCCCUCUUCUCUCUACCACUGUUCUACAGGCAGAACCAGGCAAAAGUGGAUGGCUUCUUUGCAGGAAUUCAGGCAAACAUUGACAACGCCAAGGACAUUCUCCACAGAAUUGCCCAAGGUGGUGGCCCCACCCCUGACCCAACCCCUGGCGGUGCCAAGCCCAAAACACAAUGAAGAGUCAUGGCGGACAGGAGGAUGAGGAGCAGAGAAGAGGAGGAGUUACAGGCUGUCACUCAGAUGUCUUACUCAGCAGUCUGUGCUCAGAGCUCCAGAAGGCGGAGCUUCUGAGAUUGGGGCGGGUUGUGUGGGGAGUCGAAGCAUGGGGUUGGGACAUGAUGAUACUGUAUACUGUAUGGUGGGAUUGGGUAGGUUGCUAUUGGGUGAGGAUGAGGGAACGGAAGUGAUAUCUGGACGAGAGUUGUUGCUGUUUCGAAGGAAGAUUUAAGACACAGCUCAUGAUUGUUGGUACAGCAUUAAAUGACCUACAUGGGUGAUUGUGGCUUGAAUGACACAGACAGCUGCAGUCCAGUAAAGUAAUAAGACUGAUUGGAACCUCUAAUGCUAUGAGACCUGUGGGUUCCUUAUUAACAGCUGUAUAUCUGAUCAGAGGGAAGUAAAAACUUCAGUAUAGAGUCCAGCAGGACUGGAGUUCACCAGGAGCUAGGACAGGGUCAGUCCAGGGUCAGAGGUUGGAGUUCACCAAACUAGAGUUCAUCAUUAUUCAUGGCAGCCUAACACUUGGAAUCAGGAUGUGUGUGUGUGAGGGAAUGAUGGCACUUUUGUGCUCAUGACGAGUGUGUGUGUGUGUAAGUGUGUGUACACAGUAUGUGUGAGUUGACAUGCAGCUUGCUGAUCUGAACCUGUUACCUGAGAACUAUUAAAACCACAACUGUUCUUUUCA